ACCUCCACAACAACGCAUGCCGUCGUCGGACAAGGCGCCGAAGCCGCUGAACCUGCUGGAGUACCACCGCCCGAAGCGGCUGAAGCUGAGCGCCGCGCGGAUCCCGCCGCUGAGCGCAGAGUCGCGCCGAUGCUUGAAGAACCUAGCGGCCCACCACGCGGAGCCGCUCCCGUUUGCGCUCCCGCGCGGGCGCUGUGCGGCGGUGCUCGUCGUAUGAGCGGACCUGCUCGCAUCGCGUGGGCGGUGCUUACCAACCCGGCGUUUCGUGAGGCGUACGAGGCGGAGAAGAUGGGGAAGAGUGUGGAUUGGGCGGUGAUUAGGCGCGUGGCGGGGGUAGUUGAGGAGGGAGAGGAGAAGAGUGGGCGGAGAAAGGGAAGGAGCAGGGAGCAUAAGCUGUGA